AUGGGCGGGUUAAAAAUGAUUGUUUUUGGAACCGAGGUUACUUUCUUCACUCAUUGGGCCACGUGGUGCGCGGAGGCGAAGAGGAAGAAGAGCAUUUAUGAUGAGCCGCAGUCUCUGGGAAUUCCCAGGCAGCGUGUUUUUUUAAUAACGGCGCGGCUGAGUGGUUCCGUUUCAACCCCACUCUUAAAAAUGUCUGCGGAAAAGGAAGUUGCUUCAUCAAGUGCGGCCGGGCAAAGAGGCAAAGAUGCGUCCGGAGAGGUCCAUGCGGAAAAAUCCGUGGACAAGCUGAACGUGAGGGAGUUCUGCGAACGCUUCUGCAUCCCGAAUGGUGUGUCCGUUCAGCUUGUGGACGGAGAGGCCGUGUCGACUGAGAAAUCUGCGGACAACUCUAUCUAUUUCACCAAGGAGCAAUUCAACGCCGGGUUCCGGUUCCCCCUCCCAUCGUUGUUCAAAGAAUUCCUCCACUUCACCCAGAUCCCCCCGGCCUACAUCCAUCCCAACAUGGUCCGGGUACUGAUGGGGUGCAGCAUUCUGAGCAUGCUGUUCAACCUGGACCUUUCACUGCUGGAGGGGGCCGCCAGAGGACAUGUGCUGGCCAAGGGCCUAUGGGCGGGUUUGAUGGUGCAUCCAGACAGGCAGUUCGCUCCUAACCUCUCAUUGAAGGCCCCAGACAAGGAUAGAAGGGGGAAGUUGGUAGAGUGGGUGGAAAAGGCUUCGUUCAACCGGUUGAACAGGCUAUUUGAGAUUGAGUCGUACGCACUCAACAUACUCCCGAGGCGGCUGCCCAAAAAGGUGGUGGUCGGAGAACACUUUGUUCUCAAAGAUCUCCCAUUCUACGCGGAGGUGCGAAAGGCAAACGCCCGGGCACGCAAAGCCCUUCUCAACGAAUGGGAGGAAAGAAGGCAAGAAGGAACUUUGCGGAAGGCCCCUGGUGAUAAACGCUCCGCGCCCUUUCCUCCCGCUGGCGCCCCAGUGGGAAAAAAGAAGAAGAUUCCCAAAAAGGGAAUAGUAAUAAAAUCUUCAGCUCCCACAAAGGGAGUAGUAAUAAAAUCUCCAACUCCCAUGAAGGGAAUAGUAAUAAGAUCUCCAGCUCCCUCCGGCUUGCCCUCUGUUUCAAGCGAUUCCGUACGUGUACCUGGGCAAAACGGAUCGGGGCCUUCAAUGCCAGCGGCUGAACGGCUGGCGCUUCUGGCUGAGGAAGCAACCUCAAUGUAUCAGCCUGGCUCUCCACAUCCGGACGCGGAUGUAGCCGGGGCCUCUUGCGCUGAAAUGUUGCCUCCUACGGCGCCUCCAAUGGAAGAAACGGGGGCUGAAAGUCAAGGUUUGCCCCUUCGUGAGCCGAGCUCCCUUGCACUUGUACCGGUGAAGGGGCCAGCUGCGGGGAGGUCUCGUCUGGCCCGCGAUUUAAAGUCCUGCAUCAGCGGGCAACUUCAGGAUUGUCUUCUGGAAACCAUCGAAGUCAGCUGCUCAUCCGCCCAGGAGGAUCAUCCGGAGGGGAGUGAGACGAAGAUGGGAGAAGAGAACCCAACCGACCCGGUGCUGGUCCCGGAUGAGGGUUCGCCCGAAGAGAUCCAGCCGGCCAUGAAUGAUGGGGGCCCGGAUCCGAGGGAGAAGUCACACCAUAACGUCUCGUUAAGAGGGAGUCCAGUUGAUGAUGCGGCUUGCACUUCCGCUAGCCCUUUCAGCUAUGCAGAGUUGGGAGAAAUGCUGAAACUGAUUCCACCCGGCUCAGAUGUUGCUUUGCCUUUAGCGAAAAUGUUUGAGGCGGCGGAAACGCUGGUGAGCGGUAUUCGCGGCAUGGUUCAACAACGCGAUAUUUUUUCAGACCUGCUGCAGACUGCCGAUUAUAUGAAGGCCUUCGUCUCCCAGCGCAUGAGCGGUGAAGAAGAAUUGCGCUCGAGAUUGGAGCAGGUCGAAGCCAGCUUAUCCGCUGCCCGGAGAGCCUCUGAAGAGAGUGCUGAAGCUUUGAAGAAGUCACAAGACGACAACGAGGCUCUCCGGAUAGAGCUAGCAGAGGCAAAGAGACGGGAGGAAGCUACAGAAGCUCGCCUGCACGAGGCGGAGGACGAGACGGCCCAGUUGAGGGGGGAAGCGAGACAUCUCCGGACAGAGGUGUCAAUUGAGAAAAAACAGAUAGAGGAUUUGCAAUUGCGUUUAUCAGCACAAAAAGAAGAGUUGGAGGUUGAGUUUGCUGCGCAAAGGGAGGAACUUGAGACGGAAUACCAGAAGCAGGUAGACGAGAUGUAUUUCUUCGUCUACCGUUGCUGCAUGAAGAAGCAUGGUAUCAAACGAGACGUCCCUUCGAUUCCCCCGGGUGAGGAGGACAAGCUGCGCCACAAGCCUUCCUAAUGAGAGCUUUUCUUUUUGUAACUUUUACUGCUAUUUCUCCCUGUAUUAGUA